UGUUUGCGUCUGCAGAAGCGUUUGGCCGCUGAUGUAUUAAAAUGCGGUAAAAAGAAAGUUUGGUUGGAUCCCAAUGAAGUUAAUGAAAUUUCAAAUGCAAAUUCGAGACAGAAUGUGCGGCGUUUAAUUAAGGAUGGUCUUAUAAUUCGUAAGCCAGUAGCUGUGCAUUCGAGGUAUCGCGCUCGUAAAAAUUUAGAAGCUCGUCGAAAGGGUCGUCAUAUGGGAAAAGGUAAAAGACGUGGUACUCAAAAUGCGAGAAUGCCUGAGAAAAUUCUAUGGAUUAGACGUAUGCGUGUCUUGCGCCAUCUUUUGAAAAGAUAUCGAGAAGCAAAAAAGAUCGAUAAACAUUUAUAUCAUGAAUUAUAUCUUAGAGCGAAAGGAAAUGCAUUCAAAAAUAAGCGUAAUUUGAUGGAAUACAUAUUUAAGAAGAAAACUGAAAAUACUCGUUCUAAACAGCUUGCUGAACAGGCAGAGGCUCGACGCAUUAAGAAUAAAGAAUCAAGGAAGCGGCGUGAGGAACGUCAAGCAGUUAAAAGAGCCGAAGCACUUCGUAUUAUAUCAGAAAGUGAAAAAGAUGUGAAAAUUGGUUAA